AUGGAAGCCGUGCAAAAAGAACACGACCGGAUUCUCAAGAAGACGAAGGCGUCUCAAGGAAUCAAAAAUGUUCAAUCCACCAUCGAUCUGUUGCAGUCCGCCCGGGAGGCUAUCGCUGCCGAUCCAUCCUCUGCUUCAGUGACCUUGGCCAAGCUUCAAACACCCGUCAAAUCAUCUUUUGAUUCCAUCAAUGACAGUUUGAAGGAGACCCAUAGUGGUCUCAACAAGUACACCAAGUCUUUAGACAAGCUGUUCAAAGACCGACCACUCCCAACGACCGAACACGAUGCUCUCUCUUCGCAAGAUACCCUGAUCAACCGGGCCAUCGCUAUGCAUCUUCUCCGGGAAGGGCAGUUCGGCGUGGCGUCCGCCUUCCUCGACGAGAUCGCCGAGCAAAGGCCCGAAGACAAGCCCACAGAAUCAACACAAUCAAGACGGGUCAAAUCCGAAGGCGAACCGAGCAGAUCCGGUAGCCUACUAGAUCCCCACGACGUUCCCUCCGCCGAGGUCCGCAACCAGUUCGCUUCAAUGUACUACAUCCUCCAGCAACUACAAGACCACCGAAACCUGCUACCCGCCAUUGAAUGGUCGAGAGAGAAUCGCGAGGCGCUUGAAUCCCGGGGCAGCAAUCUUGAAUUUGAAUUAUGUCGCCUCCAAUACGUAUGGCUGUACCAUGGCGGAGGUAACCAAGACACCGCAAGCGGCUGGGCAGCAGCGCUGCAAUAUGCGCGACGGGAAUUCUGGGUGUUCGUGCCGCGGUACUUACACGAGAUCCAGCAGCUCGUGGGUGCCAUGGCCUACACCCCCAAUCUCGGCGGCUCUCCGUACGCCGCCCUCUUCGACAAUCCCUCUGCCUGGGACGAUGUAGCGACCUUCUUCACUCGCGAGUUCUGCUCGCUGCUAGGCCUGUCGGCGGACUCGCCUCUAUACAUUGCUGCCACGGCUGGCGCAAUAGCACUGCCAACUCUGUUGAAGCUCCAGACCAUUAUGAAGGCAAAGCGCACAGAGUGGACCUCUGAGAACGAGCUGCCUGUUGAAAUCUCCCUUCCGCCUCAAUACCUCUUCCAUUCCAUCUUUGUCUGCCCCGUGUCCAAGGAACAGGCGACUGAUGAUAAUCCGCCGAUGAUGAUGCCAUGUGGUCAUGUCAUUGCGCAGGAGUCCUUGAAGCGACUGAGCAAGGGCAACCGGUUCAAGUGCCCAUACUGCCCCAGUGAGAGUCACCAAAAGGAAGCGAUCAAAGUGUUCUUGUAA